UUUUCUGUCUGCUGCUGCAGCAGCAUGUGGUACCUACUACUACCAACGGCACUGCUACUUACGGUUUCCUCUGGCGUUGGAGCUGGUCUCCAAAAGGCUGUGGUGAUCCUAGACCCUGAAUGGGUCAGGGUUCUCGAGGAAGACUGUGUGAUCCUCAGGUGCCAGGGCACCUUCUCCCCCGAGGACAAUUCUACCAAAUGGUUCCAUAACAAAAGCCUCAUCUCGCACCAGGACGCCAACUAUGUCAUCCAAAGUGCCAGAGUUAAGGACAGUGGAAUGUACAGAUGCCAGACAGCCUUCUCCGCGCUCAGUGACCCGGUGCAGCUAGACGUCCAUGCAGACUGGCUAUUGCUUCAGACCACUAAGCGGCUGUUCCAGGAGGGGGACCCCAUUCGUCUGAGAUGCCAUAGCUGGCGAAACACGCCUGUAUUUAAGGUUACCUAUUUACAGAAUGGCAAAGGCAAGAAGUAUUUCCAUAGGAAUUCUGAACUCAGUAUUUCAAAAGCUACGCACGCCGACAGUGGUUCCUACUUCUGCAGAGGGAUCAUUGGACGCAACAACAUAUCUUCAGCAUCCUUGCAGAUAAGCAUAGGAGAUCCGACGUCUCCCUCCAGCUUUCUACCGUGGCAUCAAAUCACUUUCUGCCUGCUGAUAGGACUCUUGUUUGCAAUAGACACAGUGCUGUAUUUCUCGGUGCAGAGGAGUCUUCAAAGUUCCGUGGCAGUCUAUGAGGAACCCAAACUUCACUGGAGCAAGGAACCUCAGGACAAGUGAGCCCUCGUCUCAUGGGAUGAGGAGAGCAAUAGCGUAGAAUCUAUUAGCUUCCCUGUGGACUUGCGACCUCACCAUCUGCAUCGGCACCAAGUUUGAGUGGCAGGAAUAAUACAGAGGCCCCUCCCCUAACUUUUUUUUUUUUUUGGUGUUGUAUGUUUGUUGUUUGUUUGUCUCUCUCCAAUGGACAAUCUCAGGGGAAAGAGAAAGCCUGGGGUCUUCCAGGACCAACAGCAAAGCAGCGAUGAGCACACAGCUGCCCUCCCAAGAAGCGAUGCUUCAGAGUUUUACUCUUUCUCUGCCCCAAACAUUUUGUUGUCAGAGCAAAGCAGCAGCACCGGCGUUGGGUGAUGACCCCUUUCUGUGCUUAACAAUUGUUCCUAAAUAAACUUCUGGAGAAAAG